AUGGGUUUUUUGAAUCGCCACCAGCACACAGCAGUCACGUCGACUAUAAACGACUGCUGCGAAAAGAAUGACCCCUCGGGUGAUGAUUUCUACAUCGAAACACAGCUGUCGGUUUUGUUAGACGCAAUCAAGUUCCAGAAAGAUUUUGCCGAGCCUGGUCCUGUUGAAGCUGCCAGAGCUUUGAGAAAAAAGAUGAAGUACGGUAACACAAAGGAACAGUACAAUGCGUUGCGGGUUCUUGACCUAUUGAUAACCAAUGGCGGCAGAGAGAUAACGGCUUUGUGCAAUGACGAUAAGCUCUUGGACAGACUACAGUUCUACCUCAUGGACGGAAGCACCUCCUCAUUUUCUUCCUCCGCAGCCUCUCCUCCAAACAAAAAGAUUUCCAACUUUACACGCUCUCUGAUGGCUGGGUGGUAUGAUAAAUACCGGGAUGACGACCGUUUGACAAACAUAACCCUUUUAUAUGAGCGUUGCAUGCAAGGACGAAAAGCAAAGCAAAGGGCCGCUGCGACGUCCAGUUACGAUCGUCAGGUUCCAGACUUCAUGAAUGACGAAGCAGAUAUGGAUUAUACACCCUUUGACGAUGAUGGGGAGGAUUAUAGCAAUGGUGAGGAGCAAAGUAGAUACAGUUAUGCUGAUGAACCCAGCAGAUACAGCACUAAUAGCUCCUCUCAGUCUCGGCCAAAGACAAAUGCAGAGCUGGACAAAAAGUUCAAAAUACCUAGAAUCAACUAUGACAAGGAGGGUCCUAAAAUCAUGCAAUUGAUCGGUCAGGCAAAUAUAAUGGCUACGAACUUGUUAAACAUUUUGAACAGUCUUGAUAAGAACGAGUUGUCAAUCCACUCGAUCAGGGCAAAUGACGCAUUCGAUGAAUGCCGUGCCAUUAGAAGAAAAGUGUUGAGGUAUUUACAGUUAGUCAAUAGGGAAGAGUUGCUUGGCCCCCUGCUCAAGUGUAACGAUGAUUUGGUCAUCUCCUUGAAAAAGUAUGAAGAGCAUAGUGUUCCCGCAGAAGCCAGAGUUACCACUAACUCCGACUCCGAUGAUUACGACUCGUUGCAAGACUAUGAAUCGGAUCACGAGCCCGUAAAUCUCCCUCUUGGCACAGCGAGAAGAGCCCCGAUUAGCGAUGAUGACUAUGACACCAGCGACUCAGAUGACGACGACAGGUAUGUGAGGGAACGGGCACCUCCAGCCGGAACACGCUAUGAAGUCAAAGAAAGAAGGGCUCCUCCGCCAGUGCCUGCUAAAAAGAGCGUUCUGCAAAGUCCAAAACCUGUUAAACAGACAAGUAUUAUGAAAGAAAAGGUGUCAAAAAGUGAUUACGACCCUUUUUCCGACGAUAAUGAAGUCGCCCCUGUUUCGUGGAGCUAG